AUGUUUGAACUCCAUGAGGCGGGGUAUACCGCGAAGAAUUGCCUGGUCAUCCUCGUUUUCUCAGGCCAUGGGCUCAGCGACCUAGCACCCCCGCAAGAUCGCAUACGAGCCGAUGGGUGGACCCUCAAGCUCUGUGGCGCCAUGAAUGCCAGAGGGACGCCCUCGACCCCAACUCUUGACUGGAACAUGGCAACCUCAGCAAUGAAUUCAAGCGAAUGUGACGUAGUUCACAUACUUGACUGCUGCUUUGCAGCUGAGGUCUGCAAUGGAGGAGUCGAAAUACUUGGAGCAAGUGCACGGAAUGAACCGGCCGAGGCAGAUCCCGCAACAUGCUUCACGGAGGCACUGAUCGAAGAGCUCCGCCGUCUUUCUUCUCGUCCAACCACUAUAGUAAUGCUCUUUAGCGAGAUCAUGGUGAACAGACGUGCACAUGGGCUGCUAUCAAUCCCCUUCUACAACAGAAAACCAGGCAAAGAAUCGGUUAUCCUCCCAACAAAAGGCAGGCAAGGCAAGAACAAGGCGCCACAGAUCCGACCGGACAGCGCACGCAUCUUGGUCACGGCGCAUGUAGAUGAGAGUGUUGCCCGUGGUAACGUCUCCGAUCUCAAGAAUUGGCUCACGACCAUGUUGCUGGCUUCAGUCUUGGGCGUGGACAUCACACUGGAGGGUGUAUGGAAUUCCAGCUCUUCUAUCAUCAUGUUUUCCAUGCCAGUUUGUGUCUGGUCUCAGCUUAACUCAUUCAACGGCGCCUUCACCUACGUUGGUGAGGUGACCUCUCGCAACUAUCUCUUAGAGCAGAGCGCUCAAGGCCGGACAAAGUGUUAG